GAAUAAAGUUCACCGUAACAGGCGGGAAGCAUUCCCCAACAAGCAUGCGCAGCUGACGGCAUAGAUGAGGAGGAAAACUGAACCUGCUAUUUAUAUUUAAAUCUGGAACAAACCCUUAUUCGUUUUUUAUAUAAUCACUCGGAGAAACAAAUGCGAUCUCAGCCAAUUUCGGUGACUAUUUAUUUGUAACUUGAAGGAGAUGAAGGCGUUCAGGGAAGUGUUGAAUUAAAAAAACAGUCAAGAUCUGAGAUGCUGUCAAAUACAGAGAAAAGUCAAUAACUGUUGUGAAGUGUGUGGAGCUAUAUAAAAGGCUUGUUUGUGGUCCCUAUAGAAAUCUGCUUUCGAUCAGCUCAGCAAAACCUUGGGAUUCUUCGCCACCACCCAUAUCAGUUCUGUUUAAGGUAUCAAGAAACAGUGAGUAGAAUAAACAGGAUGGCGAUGGAGAUCAAUGCAAAUGAAGUGGACAUUGUGGUAUCUGUAACUCGCCCAGAUCCGAGUUUCUUAGAAGCCUGGAUGCCCUUUUUCUCUCCAUAUCAUGUGAUUGUAGUUCAGGAGCCCGAGCUUGAAGAAAAUGUUAAAGUCCCAUCCGGGUUGAAUCACACUCUGUAUACAAAACAUGACAUGGAAAGGAUACUAGGUAUCGGAGUUUUGAACUCCCUAGGUUUCAGAGGGCACAGUUGCAGGGCAUUUGGGUACCUUAUGUCUAAGAAAAAGUACAUUUUUUCAUUGGAUGACGAUUGUAUUCCGGCCAAGGAUCCAAACGGGUAUUUAAUCAAUCCCCUAGAGCAGCACAUUGUGAAUCUCAUGAACCCUUCCACUCCAUUUUUCUUCAAUACGUUGUAUGAUCCUUACAGGGAUGGGUCAGAUUUUGUAAGGGGUUACCCAUUUAGUCUCAGACAGGGUGUUCCCUGUGCUAUAUCAUGUGGGUUGUGGAUGAAUUUGCCUGAUUAUGAUGCACCCACACAGAUCCUGAAGCCCGAUGAAAGAAACACCAGGUAUGUUGAUGCUGUCUUGACAGUUCCCCAUGGCGCCUUGUUUCCCAUGAGCGGCAUCAACAUUGCGUUCAAUAGGGAAAUUAUCGGUCCUGCAAUGUUUUCAGGACUUGCUAGGUCUGGAGCCGGCAAGCCCCUCUUAUCCAGGUAUGAUACUCUAGAAGACAUCUGGUGUGGUUUAUGCUGCAAGGUCAUAUGCGAUCAUCUUGGUUAUGGAAUCAAAACAGGUCUGCCUUAUGUGUGGAGAAAGGAGGAUUUUGGAGAUCCAAUGGUUAGCCUUAGCAGAGAGUAUGAGGGUGUUAAGUGGCUUGAGGAGAUUGUACCAUUUUUCCAGGCGCUUCGUUUGCCUCGGACUGCGCUUACUGUUGAAGACUGCUUUGCAGAAAUUGGUAAACAAGUAAAGGACAAGUUCAGAAAUUUGGAUCCCCUCUUCAGUGAAGUUGGUACAUCAAUGGAGGAUUGGGCCAAAGCAUGGAAAGCAGCCUCUUCCUAAUUCAUUGAGUAAUGUUGAAAGACUAAAGGUUCUCAUUUAUCUCUGCCCAUAGAACAUUUAUUCUUAUAAAGAAUCUAUUGCAGACAUAGCUUAGUUUCCGCUUACUUUUUCUAUCGGGUAAUUUAUACAAGCAUAUUUAGCUAUAGCUAUCUGAAUAGUGCGGCUCUAUUUGUUUGGGUACGAAAGUAUUGUAAUAAGCUGAUAAUCUGUGUAAUAAAUGAUGGCAUUGGCGCUGUUGCUAAUGCUGAUAACAGUGCACGUUGAGAAGACUAAAUUAAUGAUCUAAAGGGCCUCAGGCUUGAGGAAUUUAUUCCGUGAGAUGGAAAGAAGUUUUUUAAGAUUUAAGUAUGAAACAUGUUAUUUCGUUUU